GGAAAGUGCCGCUGCGAAUGUUCCGCUGAGUGAAUGAUGGCGUGCCUGCUGGAGGCCCCUUUACGCAUCAGCGUGUUAUCUGAAGUCACAGCCACGAGUCGCCAUUAUGUUGACCGGCUAUUUGACCCCGACCCACAGAACGUGCUGCAGGGAGUCAUUGACAUGAAGAACGCUGUCAUUGGAAACAACAGACAGAAGGCCAACCUGAUUGUGCUGGGAGCCGUGCCAAGACUUCUGUAUCUUCUCCAGCAGAGCUCUUCUAGUCUGGAGCUGAGGACUGAAUGUGCGGUCGUGUUAGGAAGUCUGGCAAUGGGCACAGAGAACAACAUCAAGUCCCUGGUGGACUGUCACAUCAUCCCAGCCCUGCUCCAAGGUCUCUUGUGUUCUGAUCUGAUUUUCAUCGAGGCAUGUCUGCGCUGUUUAAGAACUGUCUUCAUCAGUCCAGUCACUCCAGUGCAGCUGCUCUACACAGACCCCACUGUUAUCCCUCACCUCAUGUCCCUGUUGAGUCGGUCACAGCACACACAGGAAUACAUCACGCAAAUCUUCGCCCACUGCUGCAAGACUCCAGAACAUCAGACGGUGUUGUUCAACCACGGUGCCAUCCAGAACAUCGCUCCUCUGCUCAUCUCUCCCUCCUUUAAGGUACGGAUGCAGGCAUUGAAGUGUUUCUCAGUUUUGGCCUAUGAGAACGCUCAGGUCUCUAUGACACUGGUGAAUGUGCUUGUAGAUGGUGAGCAGCUCUCUCAGGUUUUUGUUAGAAUGAUGCAAAGGGACAAACCCAUCGAAAUGCAGCUUACAGCCGCCAAAUGUUUAACAUACAUGUGUCGAGCAGGAGCCAUCAGGACAGACGACAACUGUAUUGUACUAAAGACUUUACCAUGCCUGGUGCGGAUGUGCAGUAAAGAGCGGUUACUGGAGGAGAGGGUGGAGGGGGCUGAGACGCUAGCCUACCUGAUGGAGCCGGAUAUAGAACUACAACGGAUUGCAAGUGUCACCGAUCACCUCGUGUCUAUGUUAGCUGACUACUUUAAAUACCCGAGCUCUGUCAGCGCCAUCACUGAUAUUAAGAGGUUGGACCAUGACUUGAAACAUGCGCAUGAGCUGCGGCAAGCAGCCUUUAAACUCUAUGCCUCGCUGGGCUCCAAUGACGAGGACAUCAGGAAAAAGAUUACAGAGACGGAAAACAUGAUGGACAGGAUUGUUAGUGGCCUAUCAGAAUCUAGUAUCAAAGUACGGUUAGCAGCAGUCAGAUGUCUGCACAGUUUAUCACGGUCUGUACAACAGCUAAGGACAAGUUUCCAUGAUCAUGCAGUAUGGAAGCCACUAAUGAAGUUGUUGCAGAACGCACCAGAUGAGGUCCUGGUCAUGGCCUCUUCAACACUAUGCAACCUCCUGCUGGAGUUUUCACCCAGCAAAGAGCCUAUCUUAGAGUCUGGGGUCAUCGAGUUACUAUGCAGCCUCACACAAAGUGACAGUCCAGCUCUAAGGGUCAACGGCAUCUGGGCUCUCAUGAACAUGGCCUUCCAGGCAGAUCAGAAGGUGAAGGUGGAGAUAGUUCGAGCCCUGGGCACAGAACAGCUUUUUAGACUCCUGUCUGAUCCUGAUACCAAUGUGCUCAUGAAAACAUUGGGGCUACUUCGAAACCUGCUCUCCACCCGGCCGGUAACACACAUUAUGUAUAUAUAUAUAUGUAUAUUUAUUUCCUCCUGA